GAGAGAGAGAGGGGGAGAGAGAGAGAGAGAGAGAGAGAGAGACAGGAGACAGGAGGAGGAGGAAGAACAGGAGGAGGAGACCAGCCUGAGCCCGGCCCGCGCCCAAGCGUGCAGCGAGUUGGGAAGCCGGGCGCGCCGCGAUGAGCCCGUGGCUCAGUCUCGUGGUGCUUCUCAGCAGCUGGAGCCUGAGGGAGCUGGGGGUGGAUGCGUGCACUUGUUCGCCGAGUCACCCCCAGGACGCCUUCUGCAACUCGGACAUCGUGAUCCGUGCCAAGGUGGUCGGGAAGAAGCUGGUGAAGGAGGGACCCUUUGGGACACUGAUAUACACCAUCAAGCAGAUGAAGAUGUACAGAGGCUUUAGCAAGAUGCCCCACGUGCAAUACAUCCACACGGAAGCUUCUGAGAGCCUUUGUGGGCUCAAGCUGGAAGUCAACAAAUACCAGUAUCUGCUGACAGGCCGGGUAUACGAUGGCAAGAUGUACACGGGCCUGUGUAACUUCGUGGAGAGGUGGGACAGGCUCACCCUGUCCCAGCGCAAGGGGCUCAAUUAUCGCUAUCACCUGGGCUGCAACUGCAAGAUCAAGUCAUGCUAUUACCUGCCCUGCUUCGUGACUUCCAAGAAUGAGUGUCUCUGGACGGACAUGCUCUCCAACUUUGGCUACCCAGGGUACCAGUCCAAGCACUAUGCCUGCAUCCGGCAGAAGGGUGGCUACUGCAGCUGGUACAGGGGCUGGGCGCCCCCGGACAAAACGAUCAUCAAUGCCACAGAUCCCUGAGCUGCCGUCCCUCCCCUUCCCCCUUCCCUCCCUCUUCGGCUGAGCUUCCCUCGGACACUAACUCUUACCAGACGAUGACAAUGAAAUUAGUGCCUGUUUUCUCGCCAAUUUAGCACUUCGAACACUUAAAAGGAAAAGUCUAUGCCAUCAUAAUGAGUUUAUUUUUAAUCACGUUUCCCUCCCCUCCCCCCUUCUUUUUGGCUUUGACAUCACUUGUUUCCACCUGGGGAAAUCUAUGAUGGCUUGCCAGAAAUGAACAAGGAGAGCAAACUUCUUUUAUCAGUGUCUAUAUAAUCUAUAUUUUUUUAGGAAAACAAAAAUCUAAAAACUAUCCCAGUUGGGCAUUGUAAUCCCCCCCCCCCGUCCCUUCCCUUACUCCCUCCCUCUUUCUCCCCAGUGCACAAAUUAUAUACAGACAAGGCAUUUUCUGAAGGGAGGAAAGCGAUAGGAUGGGCCAAGACCAGCAAAGAGACAAAUCCCAAGGCAUGUGGGGAAUUUCAAACCAUGAGGAGAUGGGACUGGAUCCCCCUAACAGCCUCUUGGAACUCUUGUCUGCCUGUAUGAACGAGAGCAUGCACGCCAGAGAGCGUGACAUGAGGGGGAGGUGGGCAUGCUUGUGUGUGCCCCAGCCCUCCCUUACCCACAGGAUUCCCCUCCCCCCAGGCUGGGGGUACUCUCCCUAGAGUGCACAGUUUCAUCGGUGCAGAGCCAGGAGGAAAUGUGCCUGCCUCUUACAGCAGUCCAGGUGAAAGGCUGAGACCUCCAAAAAGUGCUCCUAGAAACUCUGUGGUCUCUGUUUGGCAGGGAGCUUAACAUGUACAUUUAAGAAAUACAUACACACAACUCGUAGCUAGAGUCCUUUAGAAUGUUGCUUAGAGAACACCAUUGCCAAAUUAGCUUUUAGCUCAAAGGGGGAGGGGGGGGAAAUGUAUUAGGUGCACACAUACCUAUAGCCACACAGAGGUAUAAGCUAAGUUUUUACAGGACACAGAAUUACAUUCAAUGCUGUUGAAAUCCUCUUUCUCCCUGCCUUUUUUUGUUUUGACAUUCCAAGUUGUUGGCUUUUGAUAUUAAAUUUUUCAACUCCUGAGAACUCCAGGGCAAGGGCCCAGAGCAUUUAGAACCUCUCCUCCCCACUCCAAGGCUGGUGGCCUCAACAUGGCAGCCGGGGCAAGGAGAAGGGAGAGUUGGAGGUGGAGUGAGCCCAGGUAGGGGAGAGAAUGGAAUCUGCCUCACUCACCUGAUGGAGCAGCCGCGUUCUCAUUGCUUCCAGCACUGGCCGGAUUGUACAAUAUCUCCUUUCCCGGCUUUCCGUGGCUGGGCCCCAUGGCCUACAGUACUCUUCUUCCUUGUCUCCACAGCAUAGCGAGUGGUGUUAGACAUUAGAGAGGUUGACUUUGCUGGGGGCUGGAGGGCUUUUUGUUCUCUUUUGAUUUUUUUUUAAAGAAAACUAUAAUAUAAAUUCUCUUAUUAAAUAAAAUUAUUUUAAGUUUUAAUGCUGAUAAAUAGGAGAUACUGAGAAAAUGGUUGAUGUGCAUUUUACAGUUUUGGGGAUGGUGACAUUUAACACAAGUAUUUCUUUCUUUCUUUUUUUUUUUUUUUAAGAUUAUAGUUAUUUAUCAAACAUGAUUUUGAACCUUCAGUUCAUUCCACUUUAGGAAACAGAGCUGUUCUGCUUUUUGGUUUAGUUUUGUAUUUUAAAUCACCGACAUGAUACUUCUGCAUAUACAUAUACACACAUACCCAAACCCCUGAAGAAAGGCAUUUGAAACAACCCAAGUUUAUGAAUGCCCGUAGUGCCAUUAUUCUGCCUUCUAGUCUUUUUGACUUGGAGAGCAGAAACUUAGAAUCAAGGCAGACAAGGUGGUAACCAGACUGCUGGAGACAACAGCUAUGCCCAAGAAUGAUAUGGCUAGCUGGCCAGUGGUUCCUGUCACCUCAAACUAGAACAUUUAGCCUUUUUGUAGCCCUCUCCACCAGGCUGGCCAAUUGGCUAUCCUGAACUCCAGUUUUUUUCAGGCAUGAGUGGUACCUUCUUUAGAAGGUAGCCAAUCAGGUUGGCCACUGGCCGUCUUAGAGGAUCCUCAGAAUCCCCCUGGUGGUAAUGGAGUGGCUCAAACUAAGACCUCAAAAAAAAGGCAAAUGCUGAAUGGCCUCCAGGGAAGACAGAAGUGAUGGUAGGGGGGAAUCCACCUCUGUCUACCAGCUCCAGACCAGGGCAGAGACAAUGGGGUCUUGGCAAAAAAAGAAAAAAAAAAAAGGAAAAAAAGUCUCUUGUGUGAUGUCCAAGGGUGAUUACUGAGCUUGCUAUAAGCUACAGCUUUGUUGACUACACCUGUUCACUUAAUGUUUAAUUCAAGGUCAUUUAUGUAGCUGAGACAUCUCAGUACUUCAAAUUAUUGUUAAUUUUUUUUGUUUUGUUUUGGUAAGUUCUGUGUUGUAUGUAGGUUGUAAUAUCUGCACAAUUUUUUUUCAAAGCAAAACUAGACUCUUUCCCUCCCCUCCCCAUAUGCCACCAAAUUUUAUUAAUAUUUUGAAAGGUAAAAUAUUUGAUGUGUAGACAGCCAGACUGGCAAAACGUGGAUGAUCAGAGAGCCAAUAACUCUUUGCUUCCAUUGGGAGAAGUGACAUCUGACUUGGGCACGCCCUCGGGUGGCAAGAAUUUUCCUGGUGGAAGAGAGAACAAGGCAGGCCAAAAAAAAAAAAGUUGUGUGACUGG